AUGCCGCCUCACUAUACUCUUGCUGAAGGAUGUCCCUACCCCGACGCCUCCACGAGCGUCCAGCUUCGUGACGGACGUGGAGGGGGCCUCUCAUUACUACAGGAUACGCAGUUGAUCGAGAAUCUAGCUCACUUUUCCAGAGAGCGAAUCCCAGAACGAGUUGUCCAUGCAAAGGCUGCUGGUGCCCGUGGUGUCUUCAAAGUCACCAACGACAACAGCGACAUUACAUGUGCCGACUUCCUCAACGGAGUGGGCAAGAAGACGGAAUGUCUUGUUCGUAUCUCGACCGUAGGUGGUGAGAGUGGUUCGUCGGAUACACUGCGCGAUAUACAUGGCUUUUCAAUCAAGUUUUUCACCGAGCAAGGGAACCAGGACUUUGUGUUCAACAAUACCCCUGUGUUCUUCAUCCGCGACCCCCAAAAAUUCCCUUCGUUGAACCGUUCCCAUAAGAGACACCCGUCAUCGCAUCUGCCUGAUGCCACUAUGUUUUGGGAUUUCCAUACUGGAAGUCCAGAAAGUAUCCAUCAGUUGAUGGUUCUCUUCAGCGAUCGAGGGACUCCCGCCUCCCUGCGUCAAAUGCAUGCAUACAGUGGCCAUACCUACAAGCUCACUAAAGAGGACGGCUCCUUCAAAUACGUCAAAUUUCACUUCAGAAGCAAGCAAGGCGUGAAGUCCUUCAACCGGGAAGAAUCCGAAAAGAUCAAUGGCAGCAACCCCGAUUUCCUCAUCCAGGACAUGUAUGAAGCCAUUGAACGGGGCGAGUAUCCCUCCUGGGACCUUUGCGUGCAAAUCAUGGACCCCAAGGAUGCCGAGUCGUACAAGUGGAAUAUCUUCGACAUGACCAAAGUGUGGCCACACUCGGAUUAUCCCAUGCGAAAGCUCGGGCAGUUGACACUUAACCAGAAUCCACGCAACUACUUCGCCGACAUUGAGCAGGCCGCAUUCUCACCAUCCACCAUGGUGCCAGGCAUCGCUCCCUCGGCCGAUCCCAUGCUCCAAGCCCGUAUGUUCGCCUACCCCGACGCCCAGCGCUACCGUCUCGGCGUCAACUACCAGCAACUCCCCACCAACCGCGCCCGCACAAAUGUCUACUGUCCCUUUGAGCGCGACGGCGCCAUGACCUUUUACAACUACGACGGUGACACAAACUACGUCGGCUCCAGUGUGAGUCCUGCUGUGUUUGCAUCAUCCAGCAGUGGCAGGGGCAAGGUGGCGAGCACCAUCACCGAGCAUGAGAAGUGGGUUGGGGAAGUUGUCAGCCAUAUCAGUCCUGUGGAAGAGCAGGACUAUGAGCAGGCUCGAGCAUUGUGGAACGUUCUGGGUCGCGAAGAUGGCCACCAGGAUCGUCUCAUUGGAAAUGUGGCGGACAAAGUGCGUCUGGUCAAGGAAGGGGUCUUACGAAAGAGGGUUUAUGGUAUGUUUGUCCUCCACGAGAUGUUGAGCAUGGCUGACUUGAUAGAAAUGUUUGGCCGCGUAGAUGCCAAGCUUGGAAAACGCCUGGAGGAGGUAACGGAGAAGCAGGUGGUUUGA